GCCGGGGCCGGCCGGCCAAGCCAUGUACACGCGUAUAUAAACAGCCAUGAGAGCCCCCCUUUGAUAUCAGCAUUCAAGCAACAUUAUUACUCGAAUCAUAGUACCAUUCAUCUUCCUCAGCUCAGGCAAAACGACAAGAGAAACAACAUGCGAGGCCCUAACGCCGCCGCUAGCACGGCAAGCAAAGGCGGCGCCAUGGCCGCCUUCAAGCAAGGCCUGCUCAGGAACCUGCUCCUGGGCCUCCGGGCGUGCUCCUUCGACGCCGCCAUGAGCCUCCAGGAGCGGAAGCGCGCCGUCAAGUGCUCCGCCGACGUCGCCAUGGCAGCGGCCGCAGCCGCCGGCAGCGGGCGCGCGAGGUGGCCCAAGACCAUCUUGGCCGCCGCCGCCGCGGCGUCCAGCUCCAGCCACCACAGCCCCGGCGGCGGCACGUGCAAGGUGUGGAAGACCGCGUGCUGCAGGAGGCGGGUAAUGAGGAGGCGCGUCGACGCGAAGAGGAGGAUCCUCAGGGGCGCCGCCUACGCAGCUGCUUCUGGUGCCGCUGCCGCGGCGAGCUGCGACGACGACGUCGCGAGGAGGCUGGUGCGGAGGAGGACAAUGGCGCUCCGGAAGGUGAUACCCGGAGGGAACGCCGCCGCCAUGAUGGACGACGCCGCGCUGCUCCGCGAAACCAUGGACUACGUCGUCCAUCUGCGCGCCCAGGUCGAUGUGCUCCGCCGCGUCUCGGCAGCCGUGCAGAGAUCCGCCUUCCUCCGGGAUCCUUCUCAAGACAUGGGAGAAUCAUAAUGAUUCCUGGUUCAGAAGAUCGAGAAGGAAAUGCAUCAUGAAACAAGGUCAUGGGCGGCGAUCUGACGGCGAUUAGAGAGGACGGAUCUCCGAGCUCGUGGUAGACGUAAUGGUGAAGAACUGAUCAGGGUUUUGUCUCGCUUCAUUAGUGGGACAUGUGUAAGCUAGCUAGACACAGCUACUGUUGUACGGCGACUCGGGGAGGAAAGGGACAACAUGCUAUUGUAGAUGAAUAUAGAAAUGGGUGCCAAUUUAGUCUCACUUAUGGCCACUCAUUGCCAACACAGAAAGAGGGGAAAAGGAGUGGAAAAUACCAAAAAGAUCAUUGAUCUGCUAGCUAUAUUUGCUCCCUCCAUGCAAGCUAGUGUGGUUUACGUUCAAAACCAAUUAUAUUCAGUAAUAAUGAUUUUAACUUUUGCAGAGGUUGCAUAUAUGUUGAUCUUGCCAUGCAAAUUGGCAUAGAGUACGUAGCUUCAUGUCGCUUUGAGUUAUUUUUUUCAAUAAAUUAAUUUCGGUCAAUUUUGCUAAGCGCAGCUUUUCUCUGACGAGGACAACGGUACCUCUACAAGCAUCUAUGUAAACUCCCAUCCAACAUGGCGCGUUGGGGAAGCCCUUAAAAAUGCUAGAGCUUGCUUACAUGGAGCAUUACUUUUUAUUGGGACUACAACCGGUGUAUGCUUGCGUUGUUGGUGCUCUAAAACUCCAUCCUCUCAUGUACUUGCACGGGUAGGCGGAUGAAAGUUUCUGGGUAGCACAUUGGCAUGACCGCUCACUUCGUCACACUCAUGUUCCUGGUGUUCGAGUAAAAGGUGACAAUGAUCAAUUGCUUCGGUGGUUAUGAUGUUAUCGGCGCUGCGAUUUCUCUGUAAUGCAUUGAGCGGGACAAUUACAUCAACAAUAAACCGCUAUGUCUACUGUAGUGACCUGUCUUUUUAUUAAAAUCACGAUCAAAAAACAAAUUUUUAUAACUCCGAGUCCGAGGAUAUGGCACAUGUAGAUGCCUC